AUCGAAAAAAGUGGUUUUGUCUGUCAAAUUAUAAACAAAUGGAUGCUGUGUCAUGGUGGUGGGUUUCUAUGAUCUACUUGCUUGAGGGAUUUGCAGCAUUUGGCAUUGCACUGGAUAUUGGACUACUUCUCAUGCACUUUUUAUCAAUAGUAUAUUCUAAACUAUACAUGAACAAGAAGCCAGCAGACAUGAUGAAAGCUGAAGUUAAAGGUGUUUCGAUUUUGAAGCCUUUAAAAGGUGUAGAUCCUAACUUGGAAGACAAUUUAGAGACCUUCUUUGAACUUGAUUAUCCACAGUUUGAACUCUUAUUUUGUAUCCAAGACAAUAAUGAUCCAGCAAUAGAUGUUGUUGAACGGUUAAUUCAUAAAUAUCCAGCUGUUGAUGCGAAAAUUGUCUCAGGUGGAAAGCGCAUUGGUGUGAACCCAAAGAUAAACAAUUUAAUGCCGGGGUAUAACUGCAUGAAAUACAACUUAUUUUGGAUUUGUGAUUCGGGAAUCCGUGUCUUGCCCCUUACCUUGCGAGAUCUGGUUUCAAAAAUGCAGGACAAAGUGGCUCUCGUGCAUGCAGUACCUUAUACAUCAAACAGAAAAGGAUUUGCAAGCUCCAUAGAAAAGAUAUAUUUUGGCACGCAACAUACUCGAGUAUAUAUCAGUGCUCAUGUUAUUGGUUUUACAUGCAUGACUGGUAUGUCAAACUUAAUUCGAAGGGAUUACUUUGAUAAAUCCACUGGCGGACUUGGAAAGCUUGCACAAUAUAUUGCAGAGGAUUACUUUAUGNNCAAANUACUUUCAGAUAGUGGUUACAAACUGACUUUAUCAUCCUACCCUGCUUUACAAAACUCGGGCAACUAUGGAGUUGGAAAGUUUAUUGAAAGAAUGACAAGAUGGACCAAACUAAGAGUUGCAAUGGUGCCAGUCGCUGUGAUUUUGGAACCAUUUUCAGAAUGUUUUUUGUCUGGACUUUUGUUUUCGUGGUCUUGCUUACAUUUCUUUAGUUGGAAUAUGUUGGUCGUCUUUCUUUACCACGUUCUUGUUUGGUUCAUUCUGGACUACAUUCUAUUUCGGCAACUUGAGAAUGGCCACCUUCAAAUCAGUAAAUGCGAUUUCUUAGUUGCAUGGUUUGUUCGUGAAACCCUCACUCCGUACAUAAUAUUUUGUGCUUUAUGGGAUCCAACUAUAAAUUGGAGGACAGGCAAAUAUAGAUUACGUUGUGGAGGCAAAGCAGAAGAAGUUGUAUAAGAUAUUCUUCUUUUCUUUUAUGCAAAUGCCAUUAUCUAUUAUUUUUUAAAUAGAAACCUGGGUUUCAGUAGAUAAGGCACUUUUGCUGCUCUUGAUGGAAAAUUACGGUAUGCUUACCAUGUGUUUCUUGAUGGUGGCUCAUUGAAUUAAUUUAAUAUUAAAAUAGCAAAUUUCAUAAACCAUUUUUUUCUGAUUUAGCCCUGCAACGCGAGUGUUCCUCUAACUGUUGUGAAGUUCCUGUAGUGCUAUGCAGGCAUACCUGUGUGCCUGGCAGUACAAGGAAACGUCUUUCAAUAAUUAUUUCUUCUCUUUUUCUUAUGUUUAGUGCCUGCUCAUUAAAAGCGGUGUGUUUGUCAUUAUUUUGGUACAUUGCUCUUCAUUACUUUACUGUAUAAUUAACUAAAUUAACAAUUAUAGCAUUUAGUAGACAAUUAAUUUCAAUCGAUUUGUUCCGAUCAUAAUGCGAGAAUUACCGUUACCUGUUGUCUAUAUUGUGUUAUACGUCUCCACAGUUUUCAAACAUUCUCACUGCACAAGCUUUCUGCAGCAUUGUGCAGCUCUUGCAUUGUAAUCGCUACCGCAUCACUAACUGUUAAUCUUUCUAAUUUACAAAUAACGUUUUGCACAAAUAUAUAAAGCUUCUGGAUAAAACAGCAACGGUACCAGUAGCAGUGAAAUGUAGUACAACUACUACUACGUCAUCCAGUGUUUUUUUGCGCAUUUGUUAUGAUGACUUCUUGUUUCCAGACACAAGACAAAGUACUAUCAUUGUAAUUUUGAUUGUGCUGAAAUGAAGCACAUUGUUCACAAUCAAAAUCACUUGUUACCUCACCAAUUGAAAUAAAAUGUUGCUAAAAA